UCUGUCCCCUCACUUUCCUCUGUGCCCUGGCCUGCACUGGCAGUUUCCCCCAGCUCCUGGCCCAGUCCAGUCUGUCCAUGCUGUCCUCAAGUCCUGCUUCCUGUACAUCUCCCAACCCUGACAGAGACAACCCAGACAAGAAGGUCCACUGGGCUUCUGAGAAGAGAAGAAGAACAUCAUCCACAGACUCAGAAUCAAAGACUCACUUGGACAUUUCUAAGUUGCCCAGGUCCCGGAGACCCAGCCGGCUAACGGUGAAGUAUGACCGAAGUCAUCUGCAGCGCUGGCUGGAGAUGGAGCAGUGGGUAGAUGCUCAGGUCCAGGAGCUAUUCCAGGGUCAAGAAGCUCCUUCUGAGCCCGAGAUUGAUCUGGAAGCUCUCAUGGAACUAUCCACAGAGGAGCAGAGGACUCAGUUGGAGGCCAUUCUCCAAGACUGCCCCUGUGACAGAGAGCCUUUUAUCUCUGAGCUGCUCAGUCAACUCAAGAAACUUCGGAGACUCAGCAGGCCUUCGAAAUAAUACUGGAGAGACCAUCUGUAGCCUACAGAACUUCUGUAGCCUCAGCCCUGACCUGGAUGCUGGCUGAAAGGUCUUCAAUACAGACAAGGGAUGCAGAAGACAAGGAGAGACACUUGUGCAGCUCAAGUGUGUGUGCAGCUACUGCUGGGCUCUCUCUGCUGGGCUCUCUGCAAGUCACUUGUGGCUGUUGCCUAAUGCUUUCCUUGGCAGCCAGG